AUAAGACAAAAUUCUAACAAGCAAGUAUAAAAGUAACUGUUUGUAUAUACGAAUACAGUGUUUUAUUUUACAACUAUUUUUCACAAUUCGCUUUUAUUGAUAAAAUCGUUAUUACGACGUGCAUUUAAACAUUGCAAGCAAACAGAUAAAAGACUAAACCUUUAAGGAGUUACUGUCAGAUUAUGCUUUUUACAUAGUAAUCAUCAUUGUUAUUGUUUUCGAGAAUGAAUAAAUUUGGCACGUCACCGUCUUUUAAAAAUCUAAAGACCAAAAAAAUUCAAUCCCCUGUACAAUUAAAAGAGAAGAUAAGAAACGAUUAUAAAAACAAUUUGAAAACAUGUCGUGACAAACUCUUGAACAGAAUUCGCGGUGUUACCGUGGAAGCUGAUCUUCGAUUGACAUUAACAGAUAUUUACAACAAUACAUUAAACAAUUUUAACAAAGAUGAUAUUGAAAUUGAACAAAUAACAGAUAAUGAAGAAACAAAAAUAUUGGAAGAAAUUAAAAAUGAAAUCAUACAAAAUGAAUUAGAUUGGUGGAUUGAAGAAUAUGAAAAGUCACAAAGCGACACUAUUGACUGGUCUGCAAUUCAAAAAGAUGACAGCGUGAUUUGUUUUCUUUGUCAAAAAAAUAACUUUACUCUAGCUAAUAACUGUUUGUCAUGUUCAUUAUGUCAUACUGAAAUUAAAACUGAAAUGUCAUUAGCAAACAUUAAAAAACAUAUUAAUGAAAAUUUAGAAAGGCACAGUAAUAUGUGUAAUGGCAGUGUACAGUUUAUGUCAGUUCCAGAGUCCUGUGGUACCCAUAUUUACCUAUUUUGUGAAAAUUGUAUGGAUAUGCAAUUUAUUGUUUAAUUAUUUUUUUUGUAUACUAUAUUUUUGCUAAUUUUUUUUUUGUUGUGUUAUGUAUUCAUUGUAGGUGUUAAUAAUACAUUAUUUGCUUGCAUCAAUCUGAUUGAUAAAAUAAUUAUAUUUAUUUGGGAUCUGUCAUAGUGUUUGUGACAUGCCAUGCCGUCUGGUGGCCUGAAUAGUAACUAAUUUCAGGUUAAAUUGUUGGUGUUGAAAAAUUUUACUCAAUAAUCUAAAAAAAUGCUGCUGGUUGGUUUUUCAAGUGGCAGAUCCCGAUACAAACAUAAUAAUAGUAUUGAAAUAGUUGCCUUAGUUAAAUUAUUAAAUUUUUAAAAUAUUUCUUAAGUAAAAUACUUCAUUGAUUUGAAAAAUCGUGAUUAUGAAACUUUGUGAUAAUUAUAAAAUAAGCAUCUGAUUUUGGAGAAAAAUAUUAAUUCAUCUGUUGGUCAUUAAAUUUAAAAUUUCUGAUUUCAUUUGUAUUAGCUAUUCAUUUAAUUAUUUUAUCACAUAAAUAGUUUAGAGAAAUAAGUUUAGCUUUAAAGUUCUUAUCCACUUGCAAAUUAAAAAAAAAAUGCACAUA